AGUGUCGGGGAGAGAGGUUGUGCGUGCGAGAGGUGGUGCAGCGCCCUGUGGCUCGCUCGUGGGACUUACGCAUUUGUGUUCCGUGUGAGAGUGAUUUCGUUUUUUUAAAAAUAAUUCGUUGUUGCAUUUCACGUUGGAGUACCUUUUGAAUUUUUUUGUAUUUGUGAAUUGCCGUGUGAGAAGAUCAUGCCCUUUUCGGAUACGAUGAGUGCCCCGUGAAGGAAAACGAAGAAUGAUAGAGAGAAUAACCUCGCACCAGGAAUGACCGUCUCAGAGUAGGAGGAACGGACCGCCCAACCAGGUUGGGUCCGAUGUUGUGAUGACUGAUCAGGGGUGCGUCACGCUGCCCCGCGGACACCACCAUCUUCACCACCACUGCAACACCAUCACCACCGCCAACGGACCUCUUAAUGGACACCUGCACAAUGGACACCCUCCCUCCUGCACCCAGCUCCCCCCACCCAAGUGUCCUCAGGUUAAUGGGACGCUUAGCAAUGGGUGUGCGGGCGGGAAUGGGUCGCCAGGUGGGUGUGGCCUCGGUUCUGGUUCGGGUCGGGAAGCGGUUUCCGCGCGCGCUUUCGGAGGCCGGUCCAUCCACGACGGCUUCGCGACGAUCCGAACGGGCGCCGGCAAGAGGGGGCGGGCGCGCAGUUCCCCUUCGGUCGUGAACGAACUGCGCAGCAACGCCCCCUGCCACCACGGCUGCUGCAACACCACCCUGGGACGCACGUGGGGGAUGGAGCCCCUGUGGGAGGAGAAGGGGAACGUGGAACAGCAGGGGGCGCCGCCGGUGGCCAAGAGAGACCGGGCGCAGCUGCCCUGGUGGGAGGUGGCCACGAGGCGAUCCAAGUACAGGUCGUGCCCCGCGUUCUCUCAGGCAAACGUGGUGAAUGCGUUAGAACAAACCAUGAGCAACGUGACAGACAAAUUAGAGAAGCUCGCGUCUUCGCCAGAUCUGAAGGACACAGAAGCAGCAGAAUUGAGGAAAACAGCUGCUGUUUUGCGACAACAAAGUUCCGCUGUGUGUCAGUCUGUCAGCUCAGGUAAGCAAAGCUACUUCAGCAUGGAGCGCCAACUCUCGUGCGACAGCGUUUCGAGUGUCACUUCAACCAUCAGCGCUGCUUCAAUGUCGUCCUUCGCUUCCUUCAACUCGAGGAAGCUGAGUGCGGGGCAGAUGCAGCACUUCCCCCACAGCCUCACGCACCCGCACCCUCAGGGGGAGAGUCUCAACUCGCAGGAGCAGUCGAAGCUCAAGAAGAGGAGUUGGCUCAGAAGCUCCUUCCGGCGCGCCUUCGGGAGACACGGCAGGAAGCGCAGCAAGCAAGGGGUAGAGGGGACUUCGGAGGACUGCCCUCAGGAACUGCCGAUGCACCACACCGUCAACUCAGCCGUCCGACAGCUGCCUCCUCCGCCGCCGCCUCCUUCCACGCAGUCGGUCUUGGUGCAGUCGCAGCCGAAGCUUCUGAAACAACAGAAGGGGAAUUUCCAUGUACCUACCACCGAAUCCGAGACCGUGGCCCAACUACGGCAGGAAGUCGCCGAAAAGGAGCGCGCCCUCACCGACUGCCGACUCGAGGUGCUUUCGGCCCAACACCAGCUACAAGCACAAGCAGACACCAUCACCAGACUCCAGGGCGAGGUAACCACCCUGCAGGAGGAGAACAACCGCCUGACAGCUCUGGUGAGGCAGCAGUACGGGCCGGCCGCCGACGCCUUACUGACCCCGCUCUCGCACACGCUCACGGGACUCACGCUCACCCGGAACACGAUUCGAAAUUCGAUCACUGGAGGGAACAUCUCCCCGCGCGAGGAGGGUCGGCGGGUGAAGGUGAUGGUGGUCGGGAAGUCGGAGCUGGCCACGGCUCUGGACGCCGGCCGCGCCUCCGUCAGCGCCGGCCACCUCACGCACAUUGGCAGCGUGACGAUCGAGGCCAAGACGUCGUGGGAGGAGCUGGACGCCAUGAUUGCCAAUACGCUGAAGGAUUAUGGGAAUCGCAUUGAUCCAGUCUCGGCCUUGGGACUCGACGGGGAUUCGAUCCUCUGUUACCGCAUCGACGACAUCAUCGGCGCUCCCAACUUAUCGCGUCCGGAGCUCUUGCCUUAUGGGUACUGCGUGGGCGAUGUGGAUUCCCUCCACAUUUGGCUCAAGGGAGGGAAUCAGAGACAGGACGGAGAAGCUGUCGGCAACGUUUCAACUGCCUCCUUCAUUAACGUCACCCCUGCUACCUCGCUCAAACGUUUGGCCAAUCUGCUGGUGGAGCACAGACGUCUUGUGCUGGCUGGUCCCCCUUCCUGCGGAAAGACGUUCCUGGCUAACGCUCUGGCCGAGUUCUUCAUCACGAAUUCCGGGAGGGAGCUCACCGAGGAUGCUAUUAAAACGUUUACAGUCACCGGCAGCAACUCCCUCGAAAUGUGCCAGAUGCUGUCGAGCUUGUGGCCCCGCGGUCUCUCCUCCACUGGCCGCUGCUCCAGUAGCCUCUCCAACACCACCAACACCACCAACACCAGUGCUGUCUCUUCCUCCAACACGUCAAGCACCUCCAACCACCACGAGUCUAGUCCAGCGCUUCCGGCAGUUAUUAUUAUCGACGACAUCCAUGCGGCAGGUGGUGUCGUCGAGACCCUGCAGCGGUGCCUGCCUGCGUCCAUCCACUCGGGUCCCGCGAUCAUUGCGACCAGUUGCCCCACGGCGGCGCUGGCAACUCGCCUCCACAUCCACUGCAAUUUUAGAUGGGCUACUUUGAGUACCCAGCAGGAGCCAGUCAGAGGCCUGCUCGGACGUGUACUUCGCCGGCGUGUUGUGGCAGCCGAGGUCGCCGCCAACACGAGGCUCCCCGAUGCACACCACCUGGCCGAGUGGCUGACGCGCUUGUGGCUCCACCUGAACACACUCCUGUCUGGCCACUGUGGCUCGCAUGAGGUUGGCGUUGGGCCAGGGUUGUUGAUUGACUGUCCCAUGGGCCAGGAGGAGACACAGGUGUGGUUCACCGAGAUAUGGAACACGCGUUUGGUUCCACAUAUCAUAGCGACGGUGAAGGCCUCGUCUACUUCGAGCACAGGAUUGCUGGAUACGUGGACGGAUCCUUUGGACUGGGUGCUUGCUACGUAUCCUUGGCAUGGAAAUGCUGCUUGUGGGCCUGAUCAGCUUACGAGAAUUCCAGUAAGUGAUGUUAGUCAACAGAGCGGAAACACUUCAAGCUCAAGGUUGUCACCACUCCGAGCUCAUGUGCCACUUAGCAUCCAUCAGCAGAUUUCAAAGAGUGAGUCCGUGUAUGCUACACCCCAACUAUCAGGAAGAGGACCUCUGAUACAAGGAAGUGCCCUUGGUACUGGGCAGACAGGACUCAUCUCCAGCAGGAGCAGCAGCACCAGCAGCUUUGCAGCAAGAAAUCAUGUGACUGUGCAAGCAGACAGCUCAGAGAGUGGAGUCAAUAGUCUGGUUUCUUCUAGUCGAAAAAGAAGCGAUAGCAACACUAGUGUGUCCAAAAUGGAAGUAAAUGAAAAGAGAGACAGUUCUGUAGAUGGUGCGCCCCCUUUACCAUUGAGGAGGUACGACUCGAACAACCAAGGGAAGAGCCUGUAUUCAUCCCUCUCUCGACCCAAGGUUAACAUACAUGAGAACAGAAAUAGCUGUGAAUUGAUGAAUGGGGUGGAAGUCAAUUCUACGGCUGAUGAGACCAGUGAUGAGGCUAUGGAAAGUGACAGUAACAGUACCGGCAGUGUAAAAGAUGCUGAGAUUUUCAAGUCAACCCGGCCAGUAGAACCAAUAUAUCAUAGUAUUGGGAUGAAGAACAAAAUCAUCAUGGAUGCUGACGGGAAACUUUCGACGUUCAACAAAAAACCUCAGCCUCUGGAUGUUCUUGCCAAGAAUGCAAUCAAUGCUUGUGGUCUUUCACCAGAUUGUGUGAAAAUCAUUCAUGGAUCCAAAAGGGAUUUGAAAGAUAUCUCCAAAGAACUAACCACAACAUUUAAGCCAGUUGAAACAGCUAUGUAGGGUAUUUUGACUGCUGUAAAAAUUUAAUAUAUUACCAUGUUUUUGGUGUCUCUUUCCUUCUUAUGGUAACGGAUAAAAGUAGUAUUCCCAAAAAAGAAAAAAAAAAUGUAUCUAAUACAGAGUAGCAUGAUAUAGAAGAAUGAGAAUCCCUUGUCAUAUCUUUUUACUUUAAUUGUUAUUACUUAAGUAGCAACUAUUUAUAUAUAAAUACUUCUUUUCAUACACUCCGCAUACAGAUAUACACAGUAUAUACAGAAUGUCCUUUCUACCUUGACCUGUGAUUGUGUGUCAGAAAAAGAAAAGUAUUAUCAAUCUUCACAUAUUCAUAUAGGUAUUAAGAAAACUUUUUAUGUAGGAAAAAAAAAAAAAAAAAAAAGUAGCUUUUAUGUACAUAACUGACAAAGGUUUAAAGGGCCUAGGUAAUACCGGUACUUAUAUUCUGAGCCAUUCUUUUAUAUUCAAAAUCACUGCUUAAAAAACUUUAGAUCAGUGAUAAAGAAAGGAAUAUUUUUUGAAAAAUUUACUUGAAAGUAAUACAUCACUGAAGAUUAAUAUUGGAUAACAAAGGAGGCCUUACUUCGUGCCUUAUACAAUUGUUUAAAGAUAAGCUAACUAAAAUAAUCCAGUUACAUCAAUAAGCAGUUAUAGAAUAGCUUCUGACUUUGCUAAUUCAAUUAUAUCAGUACAAUUUAUUAAUUGUGCACAGCUACAGAUAGAACAAAGUUAGGGCUUUGACAUCAAUAAAAUGUCUAUAUUCAUUUCAUAAAUGAAUAUAACAUGUCAUGAGCAAAGAUCAGAAACCAUUUCUAUUUUGAUAUUAGUGAGGAAAGAUCUAGAUUUAUAUAUACUGCAUUAUAAUUACAAAGAUAAAAGUAAAUUGCAUGAUUUUAGAUGUAAAGGAGUGUUUGUUCAUGCUUUGAUGAACUCUGGGGCAACAAGUGUUUUAUAUUUCACGUUACCAAAAUUUAAAACAAAAUACAUGUAAAACAAAUGAACAAGCAAAUAUAAAAAUUUAAACAAAUUAAAGAAAAACAUACUACACGAUCUUUGCAUCACAGAUGAAACCAUAGAGAAUUACUGGUACUUGAACUUUUUUUUUGUAAUUUGAAUGCAUCCAUUAUUUUUUGGCUGAAUUUUAUCAGUAUCCUGAUAAAAUUUAACUCAGAAAGGUAAUGUUACGAACCUAUUUUCAGGUUCCCAAGUGAAUGAAAAUCGUAAUAAAGUAUCUCACUAUUACUUCUGAGAUGGAAGUAAUUCUACUGAGAUUGUACAAAAAAUUUCAUAUUCUCAGGUGUGUUAUGCAAAGAUCAACACUACAAUAGUGUUUAUUUAAACACAAGAAGAUAAGACAGUUAUAUUGUAUAAAGUUGUAUUUCUCUUAUACAUAUCCAAAGAACCCUUUAUAAUAAAUAAUAAAGUUUAUUUAAUAAA